AUGUCUUCUUCGGACCAAGCACAGAGCAAUGACUCCAAUGUCAUUUCUUCAAACGAGUACUUCCGCUCCAUCGGCCAGCAGGUAGACCAAGUCGCCCCCGCCACCAAUGGCGCGACGCAGCAGCCCGACAGCGACGACGUGAAGCCGGUCGAGGAAAUCGAGUCGCUCUGCAUGAACUGUCACGACAAUGGCAUCACCCGCCUCCUCCUCACCAAGAUUCCCUAUUUCCGCGAAAUCAUCCUCAUGUCCUUCUCCUGCGACCACUGUGGCUUCAAGAACACCGAGAUACAAGCGGCCGGUUCGGUCCAGCCAAAAGGCACACACUACGAGCUCCGACUCACCGCUCUCCCCGACUUUGCCCGCCAGAUUGUCAAGUCCGACUCCGCGACCGUCAAGUUUAUCGAGCUCGACCUCGAGGUGCCCGCGGGCAAGGGCCAGCUCACCAACGUCGAGGGCCUCCUGACCAACAUCAUCGACGACCUUGAGUUCGGCCAGGAGACACGCAAGGCACAGUCGCCCGAGGUAUACGAGAAGGUGGCCGAGAUCAUCGCCAAGGGUCGUGCUAUGGUCGCCGGCGAGGCGUUCCCCUUCCGGGUGUACGUGGACGACCCGGCCGGCAACAGCUGGAUCGCCCCCGACCUUCAGGACGGCGUGGGCAAGUGGUCGAAGCGCGAGUACGUGCGCACGGCGGAGCAGAACGAGGCGCUGGGCCUCUCGGACACGGCGGCGGUCAGCGGCGAUGGCACGAUCCCGCUGGGGGGCCAGGGCCGGCUGGGUGAGAAUGACGAUAUCCUCCCCGACGAGGUGUACAGCUUUCCUGCGAGCUGCCCAGGCUGCAUGCACCCGUGCGUGACACAUAUGAAGAUGGUCGACAUCCCACACUUCAAGCAGGUCGUGCUCAUGAGCACCGUCUGUGAGGACUGUGGCUACCGAAGCAAUGACGUUAAGACCGGCGGUGAGGUGCCCACCCGCGGCAAGCGCAUCACCCUUCGCGUCAAGGACCAGACCGACCUCGCCCGCGACAUUCUCAAGAGCGAGAGCUGCGCCCUCGAGUGCCCGGAGUUGGACCUGCACGUCACCCCGGGCACCCUGGGCGGCCGCUUCACGACAGUCGAGGGCCUGCUGACGCAGGUGCGCGGCGACCUGCACGGCCAGAUCUUCCAGAGCGGCGCAGAAGGUGGCAGCGGCGGUGGCGACUCUCUCGCCUCGGAGGAAAAGACGAAGUGGGACCUCUUCUUCGAGCGCCUCGACGCCGCCAUCAAGGGCGAGCGCGAGUUCACCAUCGUGCUGGUCGACCCACUAGCUAGCAGCUACGUGCAGAGCCUGGCGGACGACCCGAGCCAGCCCGACGACCGUAUGACGGUCGAGGAGUACGACCGGACGCACGAGGAGGAGGAGGAGCUGGGACUCAAUGACAUGAAGGUCGAGGGCUACGAGGAGGGAGAGAAGGCUGAUGCGCCGGCGGCGUCGUCAUGA